AUGCCUCAUUCUCUCCAGUGCAAACUGCAGCAGUGGAGGUGGCAUCAUUCCUCUGCUGGCUUCUGCGCCAUUCCUCAUUCUCUCCAGUGCGAACUGCAGCAGUGGAGUGCGAACUGCAGCAGUGGAGUUGGCAUCUUUCCUCUGCUGGCUUCUGCGCCAUUCCUCAUUCUCUCCAGUGCGAACUGCAGCAGUGGAGGUUGCAUCUUUCCUCUGCUGGCUUCUGCGCUAUUCCUCAUUCACUCCGGUGCAAACUGCAGCAGUGGAGGUAACAUCUUUCCUCUGCUGGCUUCUGCGCCAUUCCUCAUUCUCUCCAGUGCAAACUGCAGCAGUGGAGGUAACAUCUUUCCUCUGCUGACUUCUGUGCCAUUCCUCAUUCUCUCCAGUGCAAACUGCAGCAGUGGAGGUAACAUCUUUCCUCUGCUGGCUUCUGCGCCAUGCCUCAUUCUCUCCAGUGCAAACUGCAGCAGUGGAGGUGGCAUCAUUCCUCUGCUGGCUUCUGCGCCAUUCCUCAUUCUCUCCAGUGCGAACUGCAGCAGUGGAGGUAACAUCUUUUUCUGCUGGCUUCUGCGCCAUUCCUCAUUCUCUCCAGUGCGAACUGCAGCAGUGGAGUUGCAUCUUUCUCUGCUGGCUUCUUCUUUUUUCCUCAUUCACUCCGGUGCAAACUGCAGCAGUGGAGGUAACAUCUUUCCUCUGCUGACUUCUGCGCCAUUGCUCAUUCUCUCCGGUGCAAACUGCAGCAGUGGAGUAACAUCUUUCCUCUGCUGGCUUCUGCGCCAUUCCUCAUUCUCUCCAGUGCGAACUGCAGCAGAUGAGUUGGCAUCUUUCCUCUGCUGGCUUCUGCGCCAUUCCUCAUUCUCUCCAGUGCGAACUGCAGCAGAUGAGUUGGCAUCUUUCCUCUGCUGGCUUCUGCGCCAUUCCUCAUUCUCUCCAGUGCGAACUGCAGCAGUGGAGGUUGCAUCUUUCCUCUGCUGGCUUCUGCGCUAUUCCUCAUUCACUCCGGUGCAAACUGCAGCAGUGGAGGUAACAUCUUUCCUCUGCUGGCUUCCUGCCAUUCCUCAUUCUCUUCCAGUGCGAACUGCAGCAGUGGAGGUGGCAUCUUUCCUCUGCUGGCUUCUGCGCCAUUCCUCAUUCUCUCCGGUGCGAACUGCAGCAGUGGAGGUGGCAUCUUUCCUCUGCUGGCUUCUGCGCCAUUCCUCAUUCUCUCUGGUGCGAACUGCAGCAGUGGAGGUGGCAUCUUUCCUCUGCUGGCUUCUGCGCCAUUCCUCAUUCUCUCCGGUGCGAACUGCAGCAGUGGAGGUGGCAUCUUUCCUCAGCUGGCUUCUGCGCCAUUUCUCAUUCUCUCCAGUGCAAACUGCAGCAGUGGGUAACAUCUUUCCUCUGCUGGCUUUUGCUCCAUUCCCUCAUUCUCUCUGGUGCGAACUGCAGCAGUGGGCUGUGGCCAUCUUUCCUCUGCUGCAGCUUCUGCGCCAUUCCUCAUUCUCUCUGUGCGAACUGCAGCAGUGGAGAUGGCAUCUUUCCUCUGCUGGUUUCUGCGCAAUUCCUCAUUCUCUCAGUGCGAACUGCAGCAGUGGAGGUAACAUCUUUCCUCUGCUGGCUUCUGUGCCAUUCCUCAUUCUCUCCGGGGCAAACUGCAGCAGUGGGGUAACAUCUUUCCUCUGCUGGCUUUCUCUCCGCCUGCAGCAUUCCUCAUUCUCUCCGUGCGCUGCAGCAGUGGGUAACAUCCCUCAUUUCUCAUUCUCUCCAGUGCAAACUGCAGCAGUGGAGGUGGCAUCAUUCCUCUGCUGGCUUCUGCGCCAUUCCUCAUUCUCUCCAGUGCGAACUGCAGCAGUGGAUCUGGCUGGUGGCAUCUUUCUCCUCUGGAAUAACUCUUUUUCCUCUCUCGUUCCUCAUUCUCAUUCUCUCCAGUGCGAACUGCAGCAGUGGAGGUGGCAUCUUUCCUUUGCUGGCUUCUGCGCAUUCCUCAUUCUCUCCGGUGCGAACUGCAGCAGUGGAUGCGAACUGCAGCAGUGGAGGUUGCAUCAUUCCUCUGCUGGCUUCUGCCCAUUCCUCAUUCUCUCCAGUGCGAACUGCAGCAGUGGAGGUAACAUCUUUCCUCUGCUGGCUUCUGCGCCAUUCCUCAUUCUCUCCAGUGCGAACUGCAGCAGUGGAGGUUGCAUCUUUCCUCUGCUGGCUUCUGCGCUGUUCCUCAUUCAGCUCGGUGCAAACUGCAGCAGUGGAGGUAACAUCUUUCCUCUGCUGGCUUCUGCGCCAUUCCUCAUUCUCUCAGGUGCAAACUGCAGCAGUGGAGGUGGCAUCAUUCCUCUGCUGGCUUCUGCGCCGUUCCUCAUUCUCUCCGGUUGCGAACUGCAGCAGUGGUGGGUAACAUCUCAUUCUCUCUGCUGCACUUCUUGCAUCCGUUGCUCAUUCUCUCCGCAGUGGAGCUGUUGCAUCUUUCCUCUGCUGGCUUCUGCUGCCAUUCCUCAUUCUCUCCGGUGCGAACUGCAGCAGUGGAGGUGGCAUCUUUCCUCUGCUGGCUUCUCGCCAUUCCUCAUUCUCUCCGGUGCGAACUGCAGCAGUGGAGGUGGCAUCUUUCCUCUGCUGGCUUCUGCGCCAUUCCUCAUUCUCUCCGGUGCGAACUGCAGCAGUGGAGGUGGCAUCUUUCCUCAGCUGGCUUCUGCGCCAUUUCUCAUUCUCUCCAGUGCAAACUGCAGCAGUGGAGGUAACAUCUUUCCUCUGCUGGCUUCUGCGCCAUUCCUCAUUCUCUCUGGUGCGAACUGCAGCAGUGGAGGUGGCAUCUUUCCUCUGCUGGCUUCUGCGCCAUUCCUCAUUCUCUCUGGUGAGAACUGCAGCAGUGGGGGUAACAUCUUUCCUCUGCUGGCUUCUGUGUCAUUCCUCAUUCUCUCCAGUGCGAACUGCAGCAGUGGAGAUGACAUCUUUCCUCUGCUGGUUUCUGCGCAAUUCCUCAUUCUCUCCGGUGCGAACUGCAGCAGUGGAGGUAACAUCUUUCCUCUGCUGGCUUCUGCACCAUUCCUCAUUCUCUCGGUGCGAACUGCAGCAGCGGAGGUGGCAUAUUUCCUCUGCUCGCUUCUGCGCCAUUCCUCAUUCACUCCAGUGCGAACUGCAGCAGUGGAGGUGGCAUCUUUCCUCUGCUGGCUUCUGCGCCAUUCCUCAUUCUCUCCAGUGCGAACUGCAGCAGUGGAGGUGGCAUCUUUCCUCUGCUGGUUUCUGCGCCAUUCCUCAUUCUCUCUGGUGCGAACUGCAGCAGUGGAGGUAACAUCUUUCCUCUGCUGGCUUCUGCGCCAUUCCUCAUUCUCUCAGUGCGAACUGCAGCAGUGGGGUAACAUCUUUUCCUCUGCUGGCUUCUGCGCCAUUCCUCAUUCUCUCCAUGCGAACUGCAGCAGUGGAGGUAACAUCUUUCCUCUGCUGGCUUCUGCGCCAUUCCUCAUUCUCUCCAGUGUGAACUGCAGCAGUGGAGAUGGCAUCUUUCCUCUGCUGGCUUCUGCGCCAUUCCUCAUUCUCUCCAGUGCGAACUGCAGCAGUGGAGAUGGCAUCUUUCCUCUGCUGGCUUCUGCGCCAUUCCUCAUUCUCUCCAUGCAAACUGCAGCAGUGGAGGUAACAUCUUUCCUCUGCUGGCUUCUGCGCCAUUCCUCAUUCUCUCAGUGCGAACUGCAGCAGUGGAGAUGGCAUCUUCCUCUGCUGGCUUCUGCGCCAUUCCUCAUUCUCUCCAGUGCGAACUGCAGCAGUGGAGGUGGCAUCUUUCCUGUGCUGGCUUCUGCGCCAUUCCUCAUUCUCUCCGGUGCGAACUGCAGCAGUGGAGGUGGCAUCUUUCCUGUGCUGGCUUCUGCGCCAUUCCUCAUUCUCUCCGGUGCGAACUGCAGCAGUGGAGGUGGCAUCUUUCCUCUGCUGGCUUCUGCGCCAUUCCUCAUUCUCUCCAGUGCGAACUGCAGCAGUGGAGGUGGCAUCUUUCCUCUGCUGGCUUCUGCGCAUUCCUCAUUCUCUCCAGUGCGAACUGCAGCAGUGGAGUUGGCAUCUUUCCUCUGCUGGCUUCUGCGCCAUUCCUCAUUCUCUCCAUUGCAAACUGCAGCAGUGGAGGUGGCAUCUUUCCUCUGCUGGUUUCUGCGCAAUUCCUCAUUCUCUCCGGUGCGAACUGCAGCAGUGGAGGUAACAUCUUUCCUCUGCUGGCUUCUGUGCCAUUCCUCAUUCUCUCCAGUGCGAACUGCAGCAGUGGAGGUAACAUCUUUCCUCUGCUGGCUUCUGCGCCAUUCCUCAUUCUCUCCAGUGCGAACUGCAGCAGUAGAGGUGGCAUCUUUCCUCUGCUGGCUUCUGCGCCAUUCCUCAUUCUCUCAGUGCGAACUGCAGCAGUGGAGUGUGAACUGCAGCAGUGGAGAUGGCAUCUUUCCUCUGCUGGCUUCCUGCGCCAUUCCUCAUUCUCUCAGUGCGAACUGCAGCAGUGGAGAUGGCAUCUUUCCUCUGCUGGCUUCUGCGCCAUUCCUCAUUCUCUCCAGUGCGAACUGCAGCAGUGGAGGUAACAUCUUUCCUCUGCUGGCUUCUGCGCCAUUCCUCAUUCUCUCCAGUGCAAACUGCAGCAGUGGAGGUAACAUCUUUCCUCUGCUGGCUUCUGCGCCAUUCCUCAUUCUCUCCAGUGCGAACUGCAGCAGUGGAGAUGGCAUCUUUCCUCUGCUGGCUUCUGCGCCAUUCCUCAUUCUCUCCAGUGCGAACUGCAGCAGUGGAGGUGGCAUCUUUCCUGUGCUGGCUUCUGCGCCAUUCCUCAUUCUCUCCGGUGCGAACUGCAGCAGUGGAGGUGGCAUCUUUCCUGUGCUGGCUUCCUGCCCAUUCCUCAUUCUCUCCGGUGCGAACUGCAGCAGUGGAGGUGGCAUCUUUCCUCUGCUGGCUUCUGCGCCAUUCCUCAUUCUCUCCAGUGCGAACUGCAGCAGUGGAGGUGGCAUCUUUCCUCUGCUGGCUUCUGCGCCAUUCCUCAUUCUCUCCAGUGCGAACUGCAGCAGUGGAGGUGGCAUCUUUCCUCUGCUGGCUUCUGCGCCAUUCCUCAUUCUCUCCAUUGCAAACUGCAGCAAUAGCAAUGGCAUUUUCCCUUUGCUCAUUUCUGCGCUACUAUUCUCACUCUGGUAUUUUGUGAGUCUCAAUGCCAACCCCAGCGACAACACAUUCCUUCUUUUGGCAGCCAAAGCAGCCCCUGUUGUACGACCGAGGCACUUUCUUUCUCAUUCCUUCAUUUGGCAGCCGAAGUAA